AUGGCCAGCAAAGGCCCUGACGGGCAAGCAUUUGCCCCUGUGCUGUCUGCAGUCGCGGCAAUGCAGGGCAAUGUGUCGCGCGCAGAGAAAGCUCACGCCCACGAGUUUCUUGAAAAAUUCCAGAAAUCAGUUGAAGCAUGGACGCUCACACAUGCCAUGCUACAAGCGACCGAUAUUCCUAUAGAGGCUAAACUCUUCGCGGCGACUACAUUAAAAGGAAAAAUUACCUACGACCUUGACCAGUUGCCUGCCGACGCAGUCCUGCAACUGCGCGACUCGAUAUUGAGCCAACUUGUCGCCUUCGCUUCGGGACCCCGCCCAAUACAGACACAGCUCUGCGUAUGUCUGGCCAGUCUUGCCAUUCAGAUGACCUCGUGGAAGGAUGUGCUGGGUACGGUGGGAUCAACAUUAGGGAGCAGUGCGGGCGACUGCGUCCUGGAAUUUCUGAAGAUUCUCCCCGAGGAGGUGACUGAAGGUCGCAAAAUCAACCUGAGUGAAGAAGAACUCGAGACGCGGACACGAGAGCUUUUGGACGAUAAUGCAGAAAAAGUUAUGCACCUCCUUGCUCAAUAUUCACAGUCUUCAGCCUCUGCGGCUACCAAUCCCAGAUUGAUUGACUGUAUAACGUCCUGGCUACGAGAAAUCCCGGCUACUGAGGUCGUUGACUCGCCGUUGAUGGACGUCAUUCUAAAAGCGCUUGAUAACGAUGCUUCUUUUGAAUCCGCAGUUGAAUGCAUUUGCUCGAUCUACAGAGACACUCGGGAAGUAGACGACUCAAUUACUGCUAUUCAAAAAUUAUACCCACGCAUAGUUGCUCUUCGGCCAAAACUUCGGGAAACAGCAGAGGCCGAGGACGUGGAGACUUUCAAAGGUCUGACCAGACUAUUUGCUGAGGCGGGAGAAGCAUGGGUAGUUCUGGUAGCCAGACUUCCCACACAGUUUCGCGGUCUCGUCGAAACUGUUCUUGAAUGCUGUGUGCUCGACAAGGAACGAGAGGCGGUUUCUUUCACAUUUAAUUUCUGGUACGAACUCAAGCAAUAUCUGGUGUUGGAUCGUUAUGCCGAGGCGAAACAAGUUUUCAAUGAUCUUUUCUCUGGCCUAGUCGACAUUAUGAUUAAGCACCUCGAGUUUCCCACGCCUGAAGAUGAAAACUCGACCGAUCUUUUCGAUGGCGACCGGGCACAAGAAGACCGUUUCCGGGUUUUUCGUCAUUCAAUGGGCGAUGUGCUCAAGGACUGCUGUGCCGUGAUUGGGCCGAGCGAAUGCCUCAUGAAGGCAUACCAGCAGAUACAGCAGUGGGUGUCAAAGUAUGGUUCACAGGCGAGCAACGACCAUGUUCCACACUGGCAAGAGCUCGAGGCACCUGUUUUCAGUCUGAGAGCGAUGGGACGAAUGGUCGAUUCUGAGGAAAGCACAGUUCUCCCUCAAGUGAUCCCGCUUAUUGUUCAGAUUCCCGAUCAUGAAAAGGUGCGCUUCUCGGCAAUCAUGGCCCUCGGUCGCUAUACCGAAUGGACUGCGAACCACCCAGAGACUCUGGAGUCACAGCUGAACUACGUCAUCUCGGGAUUUCAGCACAGCUCUCCAGAGGUUGUCGGUGCCGCGGCUUUGGCCUUUAAAUAUCUUGGAACUGAUUGUAGUAAAUUGCUGGGUGGACAUAUUCCGCAGCUGCAUACGUUCUACGAGUCCGUCCUUGAUAAGCUGAAGCCACCUAGCCAAGAGGAAGUGACUGAAGGCGUGGCUGCUGUCGUUGCAGUGCAACCGCUCGACAAGGUGUACGAAUCCAUAAAGCUCUUCUGCGACCCUAUUAUGGCCAGGGUUAUGAAUCUUGCAAACAACGCCCAGGACGAGCAAGGCCAAAAGGCCGUGGCAGGCAAGUUUUUAACCCCACCAAUUGUAACGCCUUACGUUGGCCCUCGAGCAGAAAACCCUGCGGUCAAGUACUGCAGUGAAAUCCUGCCAAUCAUGGACACGCUCGUCUUAAACUUUACCAAGUCCACACCAAUCCUAGAGCGCGCUUGCCGUUGCUGGAGAUACAUGGUCAUCUCGUACAGGACAUCCAUGAUCUCCUUGUUGCCUAGCCUGGCACAGAGUCUGGCUGCUGGCUUUGAGGCGUCGCGAGAAGGAUGCUUCUUGUGGGCGACGGAUGCUGUUGUGCGUGAAUUUUCCGAGGGCUCCGAAGCUGUGGACGCUGCAACUACCCAGGCUGUGUAUCAAUUCUUUGAGCAGCAAAGUGUUUCCUUUUUGCGGAUUUUGAACGAGCUGCCCCCCGAGCAACUCCCAGAUGUCAUUGAGGAUUACUUCCGCCUCGUGAGCGAUGCCAUCCGUUUCUAUCCCAAAGAAUGUGUCACAUCGUCUCUCGUUGUGCCUAUUUUUUCUGCCGGAUUGAGCGCCCUCACUCUUCAACAGGUAGACCCGCUUAUUGCAACAUUGCAUUACUACCGUGAUCUGUUGAGCUUUGCAUUCGAAACGCCAUCGACAUCUAACUUCACCAACUCCGAUGGGACUCCUUAUAUCAAUCCACUCGAGAUCCAGAACUCCGUCAAAGACCUGGUUACGAACCAGGGCCAAUUGCUUGUUGAACGGGUUUUGACUGGCAUGAUGUUUAGCUUCCCAGAGGACUGCUUCCCUGACGCGUCAGGAAUUCUCAUGACCAUGUUCGAAAUGGUACCGCAACAAACUGGUGCAUGGGUACAGACAACGAUUGAAAGGCUUCCCGCGGGGACGAUGAAGGCUGGAGAGGCCGAAAGACUCUUGACACAGAUAUCGGAGAAGAUUCAAUCUAGUGAAAGCCGUAAGAUCCGUGUACUUUUACAAGACUUUACCAAUUCAUACCGCAGAAGAAACGUUGCGCCUCGGGAUGGCCUCGGAAGACUGGAGGCGACCCGAUUCCGAUUCAGUGGAUAG